UUCAUGCACGUGUGCUUCAUGGGUCAACGUUGCAACAGACGUUAAAGUUUUUGCAAGAGCUGUUUGCAGCAUGAGCCACGUGUGUGGCAGGCCAACAUCAGAAAAGGUCCUAAAUGUUACCCAGAAACAGCCACAGUGUCACCCAGCCAAAUCUCUGGACUCUAAAUAUUUCCACCAAUGCAGUGAGUCACAAAGCCAGCACAAAUUAAAAAGGCUAAAAACCCGCAAGGAGCGAAGUCAAAUGACAGGAGGUCGGAAACAGACCAGAUCAUGUCACCGACAUUGCCGCUGCCAAAGCAGGAGAGAUGUAACACAUUGUCAGAACUGCAGUCAUAACAGCUGUCACUUCACUUCAAGGAGAAGUACUCCAAUUCUGAGUGCUGUGCCUACAGCUCAGGAGCCCAGCAUCAUCACUGACAGCCGCCUUAUAGGACGCCCCGGUCUGUUCAGCCAUGAAAUAAAGUCCAUUGAUAUUGAACGGUUGCUAAGUGAGCAGAGCAAGUGUGAAAAAAGAGGGGAGAAAGUGAAGAAAAUGAACAAUGAGACUUUGCUUCUGUCCUCAUCAUCUCAUGUUUCUGCUCCACUUCCUAAAGAGGAUUUGUUUGCUGCUGAUGCCAAUGGCGAGGCAUCGUUGAUAAACAAAGCAGACUCUCCUGAAAAGAGCCAAUAUGUAUUUGUAGAGGCACAAGAGAAAAAUCCUCAGUUUAAGGGUCAUGGAUCCGAUGUCACACCAGAACUGAGACCACAGCAGCAGAAUGAUGUGUCAGCUGCUGGUCUAAAUGCUAUUUCCUCACCAAAGCCCAGCAUGCACGCUGUAGAAACUUUCACCAACGCCAACAAUACCAUCUCUGAAAAAGACAAAGAACUCAAUUCUGGGCUUGAGCUUCCUCAAAAGAACCAGGACAGCCAAACUCAAACAGAAAGUAGUAACCCAAAUUCACUUCUGGACUCCAGUUCAGCAGCCGGUGGAACGUUCGACAUGCAGCAUGGAAGGCAGGAUUCUGAGAAUGUGUCAAAGUCUGUCAGAGCGCUGGCAGCACGUCUCUGUGAAUCUCUUCGUUUUCCACUGAUGAAGAAGAGGAACCUGCUGGCAGAGUGCAGGAAGGUGCUGCUGAAGUCGCUGCAGGAGAGUCAUGGACCCUGGCUGCAAGAAAACCUCAAAGCAGUGCAGCAGUGCAUGAACCUGCAUCCCAGAACAGUCUUCCAGGAGAACAGGGAGGCUUUGAUGGAGGAAAGGCAACUUUUAUGUGCAGACAAAUCAGACAGUCUGACUGACAAUAAACAUUUAAACCUCCAUUGGAUCUCCAGUCCGCAACCACAGCAGCGUCUGCAACAGACUGCUGAUUGGUUUGCAACUCCUAUGAAUACCUUCAUGAAGCCUUUGGAGGAAACCCCCAGACUGCAGUUUUGUCCUCGGUUUAACUUGGAUUUUGAGCCAUCUGGGAUCUCAAAUAACGACUUGUUUCCUCACUCUCCCAACGUAUUUCAAAGAGAAACGGUGUCAACCUCCGAAGAUUGGGAACGUUUUUUCACCAGGUCAAGACUUGAAGAGACUUUUCAGUUUAAUUGCUUUGAAAGCAGCUUUCCUAACCACACUUUAGAGGCUAGAAUGGGAAGCUGUGAACCUGAACGCUGCAGCAGCAGCAUCCUUCCCUACCGAGCACAGCUGCUGGAUGCAGGAGAGCCAGAGCUCUUUCCAAAAGAACCAGACCAUUUUGGAAUGGAUUCCUUUCCUGCCCACAUUUCCCCUCCUUCUCACAGCAGACACUUCCAGCCCUUCAGGCGGUGCAGAGAGCCUUCGCCCUCUCCAGCGCCUAGCUCCGAUUACACCGAUAUGAGACAUUACCCUCCAUCUUACAUGCUUGAGAGAAGCCCAGGGCCUCCUCAUACCUCUUCUUUUCCCAGUCCUGAGCACUGGUCCUUUCCUCCAAUGAGACUGUACUAAAGUGUGCUGGAGCGCCAUCUAGAGACAAGUCUGUGAACAUCUUUUUUGGUGUUUGUACGACAAACUCUCCAUGCUUGCUUUUGCUUUGAAGUUUACUUUAAACUGAAAUAAAGGACAAAGAACAAUAA